CUUAGUCCUUUCCUAUCCAACACUGUCUGCCAGCCUUGUUCAGGCCACACCACCACAGGUACCAAAUCAAGGAUACAGGCUAGUAGCUUCCAACCUGGAGGGCACCCAGGUCUAUUACAAUGACUUCAACAGCCUGGGCCUUCUGAUGCCUGGAGUACUCAGGCCGUGCCUGCAGGCUAGUGGCUCUGUGUCCUACUCUGGGUUUCAGGCCUCUGCCCUGCAACCAGAGAUGGUGAUGAUGCCAAAGGAGAUUCAGUCAACAAAUGUCCAAACACUCUUCUCCACAUCUGCCAUCUACAAUGUCAUACCUGUUCAAGACAUGCCAGACACCAGUCUUCAAGUGGUGAAAAUGGAGACAACCCUGGGAUUGACAGCUGCAGGCCAGACACUCUGUCUGCUGCAGAGUCCAAACCUCUGGAAUUCCUGCAUGCAGGAUGUUCAGAAGUCACCACCUGUCCAUGGGGACUGGUCAUUAACUGCCCCCAUAGAGAGUCCUUCAGAAUUCCUGCCCUUGACUCCUGCUCCAAUGUUGGAACAAACAGACAAUAACGACUUGGAUUUGAUGACAGAUGAUCUAUCAACUCCUCUGGAUGCCUGUGAGGGCAUAAAAGAAAAGCAAGACCCAUCACUUCUCCCUUUAGCACAUGCCAACCUGCAGCAGACCAUGAACUACACUGAUUUAGGGAUCCUAAAACAGAAGCUUUCUGCUGACAAUGCCACCUUGGGAAGCAGCAGCCUUGGUCAGGAUGAGCCUGGGCUGCUGCAGAGUGAGAUGGGCUCCAGCAUGGACUUUGCAGACAUGACUACACUGGUGGCAGAUAUUCAUCUUCCCCGACUCUUCAACUCAAUCACUGAUAGGAACCCAUUCCAAGAUCCCACAGCAACCCAAUCCAAAGACAUCAGCAGGGAUCAGGUCCAGGAAAGCUCUAGCACCAUCAGUGUACCUGUGGACCAAGUGAGAAAGAAUGGCCAGAAAGCCUGUGAGAUGCUAUAUGGGUCUCCUCAGGCCAGAAUCCAGCUCCAGGACCUGGUGACAGGAGAAGAGGCUGUGGGCAGUGCUGGGUCCAGUGAAGGGGCUAUUGACAACAUGCCAAAGCACUUGGAGGGCAGAGCCCAGAAAGCCACACCCAGCACGCCCAGCAGAGCUAGGGUUCAUGAGCAAGACAAGACCAAGAGAUCCAGAGAAAACAACUGCAAGAAAACAGAGGAGCUCAAGCAGUCAAGGAACAGAGUCAAGGCAGACGAAAACACCACCAUGCCAAAGAACAAGAGGAAGAGGAAUCCACCUGAGCUCAGCCACAACAACUUUAAAAAGCCUCGAACACACCUCGGCAUGCACAUGCUAGAAUCCGUGCAGGUCUUUCACCCACUGGGGAAGAAGAGUGAGAAGAAAACUGUCAUCUCUUCCUCCCAGGCUCGGCUAAACUUCAGCAGCAACAAAGAUCCCAGGGCAGGCCCAGCAACCACAUCACUUAUGGAUGUGCCAUGUGAUGGCCAAGGCCCUAGUAAAACCCCGAGCAAUGCUCAGAGAACAGAGAGAAAUGCUUACAGGGAGUGUUGUCCAUCUCGAUCCCAGUAUGAGCUGCCCCCACCUGGCAAGGUCAAGUUAGUACCUCUAGCUUUUCCAGUCCUGGACAUACCACAAGCAAGACCUAUUUCUACAAAGCCUCUCUCCCUGGCUUCACACAGGGCCCCUGCAUUGUACCCUGUGAGACCUCAUUCUGACUCAACUCAGUCUACCACACUCAAGCCAUCUACACCAGCUCCUGCCAGCACUUCUUUGAUGGCCUCUGACAAGCCAGUUCUGGCUAUUGCUACCAGUGCCACCCGAGAUAACAUAACCAACCCCAUCCAGUCUUGCACUGGGCCUCAGACAGCUGUCUGUAGGCCAGUAUCCUACAGGGCAUCAUCUCACCCUUCACUACAGAGGGAGCUUGCCUCUGCUGAUAAGAAUAAGGCCCCAUCACCUCACAAACCUCAAAUCCAAAAUCUGCUGCAAGACUUCAGCCACCAAACAAUUCCAUGGAGGAAAGUUGACAUCCCAGGGCCAGUCAUCUCACAGCCUAUCACAGAAGAUCAGAGGCCAGAGAGGGAGGCCAUGAAGAGGCGGGCUCAACAUGAGAGAGAGAAUGCCUCCAAGAACACUUCUCUGGGGAAAACCGCAGCUUUUCCUUCAGAGGCAGAAUGAUAUGGAAAUUUCCAGAUAUUUUGGCUAUGUCAUGUAAGGGCUAGCCUAGCCGUUGGAACACAGUACUCUUCAACAGAGAGAAGGUGAGAUAUGGAGACACAUAUACAUGUAAACAUUGGUAUAAAGACUUGGACAUAAGUGUAUAUAUGUAGGUAUGCAUUGAGUUAAGGUGAAUAAUUUGUACAUCCCGGGAUUUACACAUAAUUGGUCAGACAUAAUUUCAUUACUUGUAAAUAUCUGAAGACACUAAAAGUGACUGAGGAAACUGAAUUCGGUUAUAUUUUAUCCAUGAGUAAGUAUAUAUAGAGGGCUUUGAUGGUUUCUUCGUACAAUUGCUGUUAUUCAUUUAUGUUGUGGAAGUAUUAAUAUAUGUUACAUAAAUAUAUCAUAUGCUAAAAAUCCCUGGUAGUGUUAUUUAAGGUAAAAUUAGUUAGCCAAAACCUGUACUGGUAAUACAAUUAUACUCCUUGACUUUUAUUUUUAGGUAAAGUAAAAGUCUUUGAUCUUGGUGUGUUUCCUAUAAUGUAUUCUGUGAUAGUAAACACACUCCUGUUCUUACCACACUUCCUCCCAUUUUGAAACACCCAGCCCUUUAAUUAAUACUAGUCUAGGACAAAGAUCCUGCUGGAAUUUCAUGAAAUGAAAUACAGGAGUAUAUGUGCACACUAUCAAGCACCCUCCAUAAAGAGAAAAUAGACAAGGUUGACCAAUUUCCUGACUUGGGCAUCAUUUGAUUACUCUUUUUCUCAAGUUGUAUUCAUCUUUGAAAUCACCCAUUAAUGCUUUAUUUUGUGUUUAUUUAUCGUCCAACUGAUUUCCUGUGGAACACAUGUGUGGAGUGCCCACAGAGGCCAGAAGAGGCCAUCAGACCUCUGUGGACUGGAAUUAAGAGUGAUUCAAAGCAUCCAGAAGGUGUUCUGAUUGGUGCAAACGGAGACUUCUCUGGGAAUCACACCUCAAGCCAGAGACUUCAUCAGCUGCAGAAUGGAACUCUGCUACUCCUACACCCUGGAUUACCAGAUGAGGACACCACCUGUUAAUGGGCACAAGUCAUUAACUACCUUCAACCACAACCUUCAGAAUUCCUGGCAUUGCCACAAGCUCCAUGCCUGGAAAAAAACAUAGAAAGACAACCUGCAUGAGAUGGCAAUAUCUGUCAUUGCCUCUGGCUGCCUUUGAGUGCACGAAAGAACACCAAGACCCAUCUCUCCUCCCUUUAGAACACCCUGACAUGCAGCAUCCCUUGAAAUUCACUGAUGCUGGGAGCCUAGGGCAGAAGCUUGCUUCUGACAUUGCCACAUUGGGAAGCAGCAGUCUUGGUCAGGAUGAGCCUGGGGCAUACACAGUGUGUUGGCCUCCAGCAUGGACUUUGCAGACAUGACUACACUGGUGGCAGAAGUUCACCUCCCCAAAUGUUCAAUCCACUCUCUAAACUAAACCAAUUCCAGGUUUAGUUUAAUUCUCACAGCCACCCAAUGCAAAGACUCCAUUGUAAUCAGGAGCGAUCAAGACCAGUAAAGAUAAGGUGUCAUCAGCACAUGCUUAAACCAGGUGAGGAGCAAAGAAGAGAAAAGCUCUCAUCUGAUUGAUGGAGAUUCUCUGCCAGAAUCUAGUAUCAGGACCUGGUGGAGGGACAGAGCCUGGGAACAGUUCUGCGACUAGAGAAGGUGAUAUUGACAACAUCACCCAGUAUAUAGAGGGCAAAGCUCAGAAAGCCACACUCUGCAGGCCCAGCAGACCUAGGAAUCAUAGAAGACAACACCAAGAGUACUAGAGAAAUCAACUCGAAGAAAGCUGAGGGAGCUGACGCUAUGAAGUCACAGAGUCAAGACAGAAGACAAGCCCACUGUCCUCAACAACAAGAAGAUCAAUGCACCUGAGCUCAACCCCGAUGGCUUUGACAAGCCUCAAAACCACCUCAGCAAGCACAUGCUGGAGUCUGUGAAGGUCUGUCACUCACUGUGGAAGAAGGGUGAGAGGAAAACUGGCAUCUCCUGAACCUUGAACUCUUUGUGCCACUCUGUGCUCUAAUAGUGACAGAGUUGGUCACACUUUAGCCUCUGGGACAAUUGCCAUUAUCUUUAUCCAGGAUUACAUAUAGCAAGCAGAAUUCAUUUAUUUAUUAACUCACUUUUAGUUUCUUGAAUUGGGACCCACUCCAUACCCAGCAUCUCCUAGAACUGACUACAUGGAACAGGCAAUCACUGAACUCAAAAAGAUCUGCCUGCUUCCCCCUCUGCAACAACCUCCAUCUCAGCCUCUGCCUCCCCUACAGCCUCCACAUCUGCAUACUUCUAGGCCACUGUCUCAAGUGUGCUGUGAUGAAAGGAAUUCUCCAACCAGAAAGGUGGAAUCAACGUUUUUUUUCCAUACCCGUGAAUAACCACAUUUCAGUGCAUGACUUGAUGAAGAGUCCAUGUGUACUCCAGGGUACAUUUUUGGUACAUACCUAAAAUCCAAAGAGACUAAGCCACAUGUUUUUACAAAUGCAACUUAACUCAGAUUCAUUUUUUCCUGACAAUCUGUCUUGUUUCAGUUGUAGGCUCUACUUGUUACAAUGCCCUUGAAGCACUGACCUCUUAUGAGGUGUGCUCAUGCUAUCCUGGGUAUUUUCUACUUUUGUAGUAAAGUUAUGAUUGCUUUUCUACUUCUAA